AUGGGCAGAGAUGGAGGUUUCGGUGAUGCUCGGCUGCUGCUGUGCGAAGGCGAGGGAGCAGGGUGCUGCUGGCUUUCUCGGCGUGAAGAAGCAGAGGUGGUGAUGAUGCUGCCGAAGAAGGAGGGCUGCGUGGAGUAUAGAGACGAGGUGGAGAAGGAGGCUGCCGGUGAAGGAGGAGAAGGGCUGGUGUGGUGGUUAUGGAAGCAAAGCGGCGGUGAAGAUGGUGGCCGGCUGCUUCGCGUGGAUGAUGGAGGAAGAAGAAAUGGCAAAAACGAGGAAGGUGAAACCAGAAGAGCUGUUGGCGUUGUCGCCGGAUUUCCAAGAACUGCUCAAUCCACAUGGGCCACCGGGUCACUACUCAUGGGUAUUUUCGACAACAAAGUGCUAUUGGGGGUGGCAUCAAGAUUUUGGAGUAGCUCCAGCAUUGUCUUUUGUUUCCCAUGGGGUUUUAUGACGCCGACCUUGCUUAACGUGGCAGUGAUAACCUGUGUACCAGUGGUUGCUGAUGUCACAAUCGAUGGAGACAAUGAAGGCGCUGAUGCGGCACAAGCUGGUUCACAUUGUAACAACAGAGAGUUAAGGGUAGCAGGAAUUAAGCCACUAGGAAACCAAUCGUUGUGCCUUAGUGUAACCCAUACUGGUGUAGCUAGAUAUGACAGCAAAUUUGUAGCCAAGGUGUUGUGGGAUUUGGUACCUAAUUUAUCUGUGAUAUUAAAAGAACUUUCAUAUAAGCAUUGGCAUCCCACAUUUCGUGCUCAGACACAAGUUGAGACUGAGUUGGGGGACUGGGAUGAUGAUAGUGCCUCUGGACGUGUGGAAGAAGUUAUUGUAAUAGUGGCGAGACAAUUAGGCUUAGUGCAAGGCAUUCCAUUUUUUGAUGUAUCUUGCAAACACACUUGGGAUUUCAGAAGGGGAAAGAUGACCAUUCUUGAGUAUUAUGAACAAAGGGAGAUCAUGGCCAACAGGUGUCACUCUGGGAAGUUGGUUCCUUUUGAGGUACUACCUGAAGCAUCAGUUGUGUUUUAUCUCUUUUUGGAAAAAGUACUGCGCAUGCUGUAUCCACAGGCCCUGGAUGGCAUUCUACAGGAUGUGUUGCCGAUUGACUCAGAUAUCCCAAAACCUCAUGUGGUUGAUGAACAGGCUCCCCAAGGAACCAAGAAGACAGCUACCAACAGUUCAAAGAAACUUGUAGAGAUGGUAGAUUUGUUUGCGGAAGAAUCAAAUGCAAGUGAUAACAAACAAGCAUCGGAGUCAGUGGACGAAGAUGCUACUAGCAGCCCUGAACAACAUGUCUCUCCACCGCCCAAACGGCAACCAGGCUCCAGGAUGUCACAAAGAAGUGUCAAGCAAACCAGUGUCACCGCGGCCAUUCCGACCAUUGAAGAGUUGCAACAGCGAUUGUUUUACAAGAAGGAAGAAACAACUCCAGUGGUGAAAACCAGUGGUGACGCAACGCAAUCUGUUGGAGCUGCACUGAGAGAGUUACAGGGGUUGUCAAAAAUUAAUGCAGAGCAAGUCCAUGCUAAGUACCACCAGUCACUGAAACAGGCACUGGAAACUAUCCAAGGGAGUGAGCUGCCAGAAGCGGUUAAGGCAACAGUUGCCUUGUUUUUAGCCAAUUUUCAGCAAAGAAAGAUCAACUGUGAAAUCUGUGUAAAACAUGGGGAAGAUUACAACCAUUCAGCAAUGGCACAUCUGGAAGCUGAGAAGACAGCAAAAACUCUGGUGGAACAGGCAGCUACAACUACAGCUCAAGCAAAGGAAUUGGCGGCAAAAGAAGCAGCACUAGAAGAAAACCUGAAAAACGUUCGAGAACAAUGCUAA